GGAAACCGGGGAGAUUGGGCGGCCCGGACACAGCGGCGGCCUGAGCCCGGGGGGGAGGAGGAGGAGGAGGAGGAGGCCCCCGUUCACAGCGAAGCGUUCAUCCGCGGGGAGUGGGGCCGGUAAACAGCGCGGGAGGUCAGGACAUCGACCCAGCGAGGACCCGCACGGCACAGACCGCCUGGGGCACCGCCAUCGCCGGCCCGGGGCCGCUCGCUAGGACAGGGCGCCGGGGGUCGACCCGCUUUGCUGAACUCGCUAAUAUGCAGGCACACACUUGUGUAUUACUGAACAAGCCCCUGUUGCAGUAAGAAUGAAGGCCAGUCCAAGGAGGCCCUUGAUUCUGAAACGGAGAAAACGCCCCCUGACCUUCAGUAAUCCAGUGGAUACAAAAGACAAUGCUAGUGAAGAGAAAACUUUUGGGAGCAAACACAAAGCUGUGGCUGGAGAUUUUGAUACAGCCCUUGCCUGCCCAAAUAAAGAUAUUUUGGGAACGUCAAAAAAGAACACGGCCACCGACAUUCAAAAAUUUCCAGAAGGGAUUCGCAUUGUAAACCAUCCAUCCAUACCCAACGCUCAAGUUGUGUUAAUUCCAAGAAAUGCUGAUCUUCAAAGUAUCAUAGCAGCACUCACCGCAAAGGGAAAAGAAAGUGGCUCCAAUGGUCCGAAGAAAUUUAUUCUUUUGAGUGGUAAUGCAACUUCAUCUCGCCAAAGUCCACCUUUGGGAAGUAAUGAUCCUUCCUCAACUCAGAUUGGUUUUCCUAAUCUUUUAGAAAGUAGCCAAAAAUCUCUGGCAUUACGUGAAGAACCGAGCAUAAAAGUUGUGGCUGCAGAUGGCAAAGUGGCAACACCGGAUUCUGCAAACAGUUUCAGCAUCAAAAAGGAGGAGCCGUGCACAGCACACAUCCCUGAAACACUGGUGCCAUCAGCUCUGUAUCACCCAGACGCUGAUGCAGCACCUACAGCCCCUGAGCGCCUUCUGGAUGACAGCCUGACCAACAUUCAGUGGCUGGGUAAGAUGAGCACAGAUGGUCUGGGGGCUUGCCAUGUAAAGGAUGAAGCAGAGAAAGAAAACAAAGAGCCUCCACCAGAAGAGCCCAUUACAGAGUCUGUUCACGAGCGGCCUCCAUAUUCAUACAUGGCAAUGAUUCAAUUUGCUAUAAAUAGCACUCAGAGCAAGAGGAUGACGCUGAAAGAAAUCUACACCUGGAUUGAGGAUCAUUUCCCCUACUUCAAACAUGUGGCCAAACCAGGAUGGAAGAACUCUAUUCGCCACAACCUGUCUUUGCAUGAUAUGUUCAUACGUCAGACAUCUCACAAUGGCAAGAUAUCACACUGGACCAUUCGUGCUGAAGCCAACCGCUUCCUGACAUUGGAUCAGGUUGUUAAGUCACUGGAUUUCAGCCCAACUGACGAGAAUCAUUGGAUCCAAGCAGUGCCUGUGUUGGUCUGUCAACAACAACAAAAGCGAUCCAGCAUCACAGAGGUGCCAAUGAGCAACAUAGUUUUCAGUACAGAAGUAAAUCCUAGAAAAAUGAAGCCACUGUUGCCUCGGACUGACUCCUACCUGGUGCCCAUUCAGCUGCCAGUCACCUCUCCCCUCAUCCUACAGCCAUCGCCUCACAUAACUCUGCCUGCAGUCCAAGGGCAUCCUUCCUCCGCUGCAAGCAGCGAGUUGACCAGGAAACAUAAACGUGUCCGGAUUGCACCAAAGGUACCAAGUGAUACGGUGAGCUGUAAUCAACCUUUGACUUCACUAAAGCACUCUGAGAAUCCGCUCCUGAUUCAGGCAACUCCUCCCAUGAGUGAUGUGCAUGAAAAUUCUGCAACAGCAAAACUCUGCGAAGUCUCCAAGGAGACCAGCUCCAGGCGGAAGCAGAGGCAUGUCCUCCAGCCUGUGGAGGAGCCAGUUCUCUUGUUCCCAGAAGCCAGUGAGCCUGUAGCAGAGACCGGAUUGGAUUCGGGUCUUGUAUCAGAUAUGUCAGCAUUCCAUGAAUCUAGAAACCUGGAACAGUGCCCAGAAUUUGCUAGCACUGCCGUGGAUUAUAACUUCAAAACUCCUAUCAAGGAGAAGCCCCGUGAUCUGCCUGCUUCCUCCACGCCCAGUAGAAGCACCAGUGGGAGUUCUCCACUCACCGUAGCCAAUGGUUGGAAGAUUGCACUGACCCCUUUGAAAAAAGACGACAGCUUACUUGAGUUCAGUCCUGUGAGGACACCUCAUGAUUCCUUCCUGACACCACUGCGGAAUAACACAGGCUACCUGAGUCUUAGCAGCACGCCUUUUAAGGAGUUUGCUCUCUUUGAAUCGCCGCGUGAGCUAUUGAACUCUCCGGUUAAGGACCUAGUGCCUGAUGCAAAUUUCUCCCCUCUUUCGGAGGACAAAUGUUCCCGGGAACAUCAAGUAAGUGUAAACUGUAACACCACAGCAAACAGGUCUCUGACUGAAGGCUUGGUCUUGGACACCCUCAAUGAGAGCCUCAGUAAAAUAUUGCUGGACAUCAGCUUCACGGGCCUAGAGGAUGAGGACUAUGAACUCAGAAAUAUGAGCUGGUCAACACUAAUCCCGGAAUUGAGAUAAAUAGGUUUGUGGAUGGACAGAGGGCCAUGCUGCUUAAAUGGUUUCUUCUUUGUGGUGGAACCAUCUUAACUUCAAGCUGGUUCAUCUAUCAACUUAAAAUUUAGAAAAAUUUGCCUGUAAUAGAUUCUUGGACAAAAUGUUGGUUCAUUUAUAAAGCAUUGGCUCCCGGUGCCUAGAGCUUUAAAUACUUGGUUCCUCUCCCGUCUGGGCUAUGCUUACUGUAACUUGAUUAAUCACUGUUCAUCGUUACCUGUGUACUAUCUUUUGCACAUGUCCGUAGAGCAGUUCACACAAAGUAAUAGUUUGAUGUAUGAUUGUGAUAUGUUUGAUGCUGCUUUGCCUUUAUAGUCACCAGAACCAUAGGCCACUUUCAAAAGGCCUUGUGACUUUUCUACCAUUUGCAUUCUGUAGCUCUCCACCAGAUUUUCUGAUACUGAUGAGAGACUUUCUUGAUAUUUGACGUCUUCUCAGGGGAUGACAAACUUUUGUAUAUUGUGCUUGUAAAUACAUCAUUAAAAUAUAAAGAAAAAUAUAUAAGGGGAAUGGAAGCCUUUGAAUACAAAGGAUUCCGGUGGAAUGGGGAAUGUCCUUCCUUGUUUCAGUGAAGUUUUGAGUUGAAGGUUGAUGUCUGAUUUGUAAGACUUGAGAUAAUGCUGGCGAGUCAUAGUUGAUCAGUGUUUGUGCAAGUUAUCUGUAUCUCAGAGACUGAUGUUAAUAGCUGUAUUGUGCCUUGUAGCUGAUUGCAUUCAGUUCCAGCCCCUGUUGUUUUUAUAGUAUUAACAAAAGCAUCUUGACAUCAAUCAGUAUCAGAUGUUAAUGUUCUGGGUAUAGAUUGAAGAUCAGGGCAGAUUUCAGAUUCUCCAUUAUUUUAGAUGACUGAAUUUGCAGUUUCUUUCUAGAAGGAAAGCAAAAUUUAAUAAGUGUGUCAGAUUUUAAUUUUUGAUUAUUCAGUAUGAGCUCACAAUACCAAGUCCAUCGCUUCUUGAUCAGAGAAGCCAGCUUUCCUUGUGCACUGCCACGUGCCUGGCUUACAAAUGAUCUUGUAUAAACAUUUAAACUACUGGCCUGAAUAUGCAUCAAUGAGAUUCAGUGUUUUGAAUGUGUGAUGUGGUCCAGAUUAAACAGGUAUAAAUGUAAACAAUGUUUUGUGAUGAAACAUUUCCACAGUCAAUAAUUUAGAUUAAUAUAAUGAAGCACUGUACAAGAGGAGCUCAAGGUAAACCCUAAAGACAGGUGGCAUUGUGUACUGGGGAUUUGAAGUGGAGGUUUUCUUCGACACUUGACUUGCAGCCUCCUUUAGAGAUCAACUGCUAAAGGGCAGUUGCCAAUGGGAAAGUUCUUUAUCUUGGCUAAAGUACCCUAGUAUUUUGUCAACCUGGAUUGUUCUUGCAGCCUCUAGCAUGGGUUUAGCAGGAGAACUGAGUAGUGAUUUUUUUUCUUUUCUAGAUCAUUACAUAAACCAGUUCAGUGGUUGACAUCUGGGUGCAUAAAUGCAGGUCUUUGAGAUACAACUCAAGAUCACCCUUGUCAACCACUCUCUGCUAAUUCAUUGAAUAACUCAAAUCAAGUUUAUCAGGUGUGACUCGCUUUUCAUUGAUUUGUGUUGGCUUCAAUAAUUAAUCUGUUUUCCCAAAUAAAUGAGAUUAUGUUCUCCAGACUAGGUGUCUUGUAGUUAGCAGAUUUAUUCCUCCUUUUUUAAACAUUUGCAUCCUCCUAUCCACUACCACUGUUCCCAUAUCCAAGGAGAACUUAAUGAUUGUGGUCAGACCAUCUGCCAUUUAUACCUUUUUUACUGAGCAAACUAGGAUUUGUCCCAUUUGGACCAGGUGAUUUUUCUACUUUGUGCAAUGCCAGCCUUUUAAGAAACUUUACUUUAAAUAUCUUUAUUCCAUCUCCAUUUUCUCUGUCAAUUCACAAUGACACUGACAACAUCAUUCGUAGUGAAGAAAAAUGCAAAAUAGUAACUUAUUACCUCAACCAUGCUCCCUGAUUCAAGGAAGAUUUUCUUUUUUGGCACCACCCUUCAAAUUGAUCUUUACUAUUUAUUUGUUUAUUAAAAGAUUUUAUUGGUCAUCCCUUUUCAAGGUUCUUUCUACCAGUGCAUUUGAUCAAUGUACCCACCUUAUUCAAUCUCCUCCUUCUCUAUCUCACUAAACUAAAAUUUGGCCAGGAAUGUUAUGUCUCCUUUCUUCUUUGAUUGUGAUGCCCAUUAUUACAAUUCCAGUGUGACAGUUUGUACAUUCAAGACGCCAUCCUUUUUCAUGUUUGACGCAUUUGACAACAUGCUCUCCAAACCCACCAAUGUGCCCUCCAAAUCCACUGGUCUGCUUUGCACUUCUUUCCUGUUUGAUUCCUGCACCUUAUGGAUUACUGUCUAUUUUAAUAUUGCUUGUCUCCCACCGUCCUUGCUAGUUCUUGGAGUAAAAUUUAAAAUUCUGCUCUUCGUCACCCCUCGUCUCUGCCCUACCUUACAUUUCCUUGUGUGGUAUUUUAUUCUUUGGUUUAAACAUCAAACUAACCACCUGCUCCUUGACAUCGCAUAUUGCUUCUCUGAGAGUUUUCUUUUUCAUUAAUUUCUGAGGAAGUACUCAUAUGUGUAUCAAGAAAGAGCCUGGCAAAUCCCAUCACUAAGAUUUUUUUUCCUGUAUGUUCACUGCAUAUUGAUCACUAUUUACAGAUCUUGUGCAUUUCCUAGUGUUGAACACCAUGAAAUCUUUUUCCAGAAAUGGACACAUGCAAAAGUUUCAUUGUAGCAGUGCAAAGAAUGUGCUUUGCAAACAAGAAGCAUGUUGUACUUGUGUAGGAGUUUUUUCCCUAAUUUAAUGGGACAGCUGAUUGCUGAAGUUAUUCCAUUAAAAGAAUCCUUUUAGAAAUAAUUCUUUGACAGGACAGUUUUUCACCUCUGCAUUUUUUUUCUUUCCACAUGUUGAGGGAGGCCACAACACUGGAUAGUUUAAGUUUUGCCUUUGUGAUUGAUUAAGACAGUGACAUCAGAAUCAAAAUCAUUUUAAGAUUGUGUUAUUGUUUGUAUCAACUGGUCAGCAAGGCUAUUGGGUGUCUUUUUCUCGAGUACUGGCAUAAGUGAUAAAAGUAUGUGUACUGAUAUCAGCGCUUAACCAAUUAAAAGUGCCCAUUUAUUUAAGGGCCGUAUUGAACGUAUGGAUGCGUGUGUGUGUGUGUGUGUGUGUUUUUCUUUUAAAAAAAAAUUGUAAUCUGCUCCUGCUUUACACCCCAAAAUAUAUGUGAACUACUGGAACUCCUUUCUUUCAGUACAUGCAGACCAGAAUAUGCAACAGCAAUAAGUUUGGUCAAACAUUCCCACAGUUGAGUCAAUAGAUCAUGCAACAGCAACAAUAGUUGUAAAUUAUGAACUAUACAGUGUUUUCCAGCUUGCAGUCUUUGUAAAUAUUUCGUACUAAAUUACUUGUAAAUACUCCAGACUCCGUCAAUGCACCUUAAUAGAAAGAACAUAGUCUGUGCCCUGGGCUUCUUGUAUAAGAAUAAGCAGUUCAUUGUGACAUUGGAUGUACUAACAAUCCUGUAAUCGGUGAAUAGACUGCCAUACAGUAAUGGAAUGGCAAUAAAAAUAAUUUACUC